AUGGCACGCAGAGCACCACCGGUGGAUCCCUUCACUCGUGAUGCCGAAGGGAAUCGUAUAUUCGCUCCCGGAACCGUAACCAAGCGUAAGCAUGCCACGCUUACAGAUCGUGAGCGCGAAAUCUACAGGGCAUCCUUGCUCCCUCUUGAAGAACAGCAACAUGCAAGAUUUCGUGAGUUGCACCAGGAAUCGCUUGAAAAUUUGCAAAGGCGUGAAGCCAUGGAACUCGCUUUACCGAUUGUAGAAACGGCGAAGACAGCUGAAGAAAGCCUGCAGGAGGAGCUUGCAAGGAAGGCGCUUCAAAGGAAAGAUAGGCUUAAUAAGGCUGCGGUUCGGCGGAACUGGGAGGCUGAAAAUGGAGUUCAAUUCACUCAACUCCCACACAAACGACUCCAAGAUGAUGAUAACUCUGAGGUAACUGGGAUACAGCCUACUCAGAAUUUGCUUGAGGUGCGUGUCCAAGAGCUGGAGGUGCAACCCGCCAAAAGGCGCCGUAUCCAAACGGACGAAGCUCGAGCCAAGGCUAUAGCGAGACAGGCAGAAAAAAAGGCCAGUGAACGGAAAGCAAUGUCUAUAUCUCUCCCAGAGGUCCCAGAGUGGGUCGGGGGGCUGGUUGAGCCAGAGAUGGAGAGACUUUUGGCCACGUCUACACAUUCGUCUCGUAUUCUUCAAAGCCAGGCCGAGGCUAAGGCCCAUAAGAUGGGAAGGAGCCACCCAGGUGUCUCAGAUACCCCAAGUGAGCUUCAAUCUCCAACAAAUGAAGGGUUCGAAAAUGAAGGGAGCAUCGUGGCUGAGAAUGGUCAAGUUUGGGCAUUCCCAAGCUCUGAUGAUUUGUUGGCUUAUAACACCGGCAUGAAAUAUGAUAGUCUGCAAGUCAACAACGGGCAAGAAAAUACCAUAGAGACCAUUGGCAGCGAGGGUGUCCCCGCUGAUACUCGGAACUGCACUGCUAUCCAGGAUGAAGUGGAAUCUCAGCCCGACUUCCCACAAUCCCCUACUGGUGAAACGGUGGCCCUGAAAAGUACUCCGUCUAUCCUUCUUGUCCACAAGCUUAUAAUUGAAGUGGAUGGCCCGUUAAUCCAAGGCUCCCCCAGGGUUCUGGAGCAUCUUACAUCUAGAAAUAGACUUGAGACGUUCCGUCGUAGAAUCUUCAAUCUGAAUAGAGGGGACCUCAGCGGUGAAGCGUGGUCCGGUGUUUUCAUUGCCUACCUGAAACCUAACACGGUCGGCACGUUCUCCUACUGGAACUUUGUUCAUACCGCCGAUGAUUAUAUCGAAUAUUUACACCACAUCGGAAGGGACGGUGUUCAGAAAGAGCAUCAUCUGGUUACCGGCAAUAGAGCAGAUGCUCAUCUGCUGCCCCCUCCUCACCCAAGCCGGCCUCCCACAGCCCUUACUAAUACCAAUACUGAAGGCGACCUAUCGCCCGCGGACACAGCCAGCUCGGCUCAAAAGAUCGAUCGCCGAUCCGCCCCGGCUAUCCCAUGGUAUCACACCAGCUGCUCGGAAAAGGACCAGCAGGGCUCCGAAUCCAGCCUAAUAGGCGGAGGUGGCGAGGAUAGUUUCUUGUCACAGGUCCAUCCCUCCUCUAUUGGCGAGGCGAUUGAGUUGGUUGAUCCUGGCUUGAGAUCAGACUUCUCGCAGCCCCAACCUACGCUGACCACUCAGUCACACGUCAUCCGUCCGAUGGCAAGUAAGACUUAUUGGGGUUUCGAGAGGCAAUUUUCGAUGAACGUUGAGGGCGAUAGUGGAUAUGGUUGUUAUGCACAAACCCAGUCAUCGUAUGUGUUCGGUGAGCUUCCAAACUGCCAUGGAGUUAAUUACCCGCCGAAUCCUCAACACGUGGGGCUCUCCGCAGUUGAAUUCUCUACAAGUGUCCCCACAUUUGAAGGACAGUACCGAGUCGUUGAACCGCCUUUCCUCUCCUGCCUUGCUGAGUACGACGGAGUGAGGACUUCCGACAACCAGCAUUUUAACUCGCUCGGCAAUCUCUUCCCCAAUGACGGAGAAAUAGGGAUUGACCACCCCGAUUUUUUCAAUUGCGUUGAAGAUGAGGGCGUGUCUGAUACGUUCCAUACCCCAGGGUUUCUCGAUUACCUCGCUCAAGGGGAGGCCAGGUCUCUACCAAGCGAACCCUAG